AACCUUUGUAUGUGUAAUGUGCAGUUUAUGUUUAUGUUUUUUCUUCUCUUUACAGAAAUUGGAAAAAAAAUAUAGAAACUACAGACUAAAGGCUGGCAAAGAACUCAAAGCAUAUAUCAUUAAAUGCCAUAAAAAUCCUCAGAACACAGGAAGAAAAGAGAAGACAGCAGUCCCAAUCAACUUUGAAGAAAAUGAAGUAAUGACACAGUUUCAAGGUGUCUGGGUCAAGAGAUCAGCUGUGACUUGGCUUGAUGCAAGUGUUAAGAAAUUGUAUGCUUCAAGGAAUAGAGAAAAUGAGGCGGAGGAACUGGCAGAUUCAGAAGCACAGAAGAAAAUAAAGAAACUACUGAGAUUUGCUCACAGACGUCUAAGAAUGGAGGUAAUAAAAAAGAAAUUAACGUUGUAUGGGGGUGAAUUAACUGAAUAUGAUGAGAAUUAUGGAGAAAACAAAUCAAAAACAUGCUUUUCUGAUGAGGUGGAAAAUAAAGGUAUGUCAGGCUUUCAGCAUAAGCCAACAGAACAGUCAGAUCAUAAUUCUUAUAAAAAAAAGGGAAAGAAUCAUAUUUUUGACAGUGAUUGGAAUGCUAAAAAUGCAUUUGAAAGAAUGGAUAAAGAUGUAUAUAAACGUGAGGUAACUGGAAAAAAAAUCAUCUUUGAUGAGGAUGGUGAUAUCCUUAAAAAUGGACAUGAAAGGAAGUAUGAGGAUAUAGACAAAGGAAGGAUAGGUGGGGGAAAAAUGAACUUUGAUGAUAACAUGAAAAAGGCAAAGAAACCAAAAAGAAAUGAUCAGUUGGUCGUCAGCUUGGCUGAGCCCAGGUCCCAGGUGCUGUCCCUCCCACCCAGCAAGCGAGGUGGGCUGUGGGUCCAGUUGGGAGGGCAGAUAUUGGGGUGCAAGAUGGGAAUGAGAGUUAAUUGUCCCACCAGUGCCCUGGAAGGUGCUAACCCACCUGAGGCUUGUGGGGGCAAAGCCUUAGGGAACCCCAUAGGCAGACGGUGGGCCCCACAGUCUGCCAAAACCCUUUAUUUGGGACGGCAGGGCGAAGGUCAGAAUGCCUUCGACCCCCAAGAUCUAAACGUCCUGUCGCAUGUCGAGCCUGCCCUGAACGCAGAGUUCAUGAGACGUUCUGCUAAUUACAUGAUUGUCGGACAUAGUGUAGUGGAAACCACCACGAAAAGAAGCAAGAAGAGAAAAAUGGAAAAGCUUAGGGAAGAGAAAAAUGGAAAAGGAGAAAGGAGAAACAAACUAGUUGAGGUUGUGAAGCAGAAGCGCAAAAAGAAAAGGAAACAUGAAUAUAGUGAAAAUCCUUCAGGUCGAGAAGACUUCAGCACAAAUAAGGAAACCACUGACAUUGAAGGAAACGGUGGUAGUAAGAGGAUAAAGCACAAAAAAGAUGAGGAUAGUUCUGCAGGAAGUUCAAAUGAAAAUAAUGGCGCAAGUCCAAGGCUAGUAACCGGAGAGGGAAAGGGUAAAGGAGAAAACGGUUUGAAGAAAAGAAAAAACAAGGAUGAAAAGUCACAUGCGACAAGUUUUAAAUCUUAUGAGAAGCUAGAAUUCCCCAAGGAAGGAACCAUGACUAACAAUGAUAGCACAGAAUAUGUAGGCAAUAAAAACAGGAGUUCAUUGAUAUAUGAUGAAAGUGGACAGAAGUUUAAGGUGUAUGAGAAUGGAGAAAAGAGAAAGUGGUAUGAUAUCUGGUACAGAGAGGAUUCUGUCAUGACACGGUAUGAAAAAAAAUGGAUAAAACGUGAAGCAGUUCCACACUUAGAAAAAAUUAAAAAAGAAAUAGAGAAUGAAGAUGAUGAAGUAACUAGACAG